GAUAGAGCCAAUGAAGAAGGCGCAUCUGCCGUUUAGGCAAGGCAGGCAAGGGAACGCCAUGCAGACCCGGUCGGGUGGUCGGGCUCGGGCCGCCUAGGGCCGCCCGGCGCACACGCACGUGGAGGGGGCAAAGGGAGGAGGGGGCGCCUAGUGGGCCCCGUACCUCCAUGUAUAAAAUAGAAAACCGCUCGAUGCGCUUCACUUGUCAAAAUACAAGCACUCACUACCAUGCAGAAGCUCAUCCUGGUACUCCUACUUGCCGUGUGCGCGGUGCGGGCACAGCAGCAGCAGCCCGCGGUGACCAUCGUCAAGUACGAGUCCCAGCCCAACACGGGCAACGGAGAGUACUCCUUCUCGUACGAGCUGAGCGACGGCUCCGCGCGCUCCGAGCAGGCCGUGCUGCAGGGCGCCGGCACCCCCGACGAGUUCCUCUUGGUGACGGGGUCCUUCCGGUGGACUUCCCCCGACGGCCAGGUCACCCAGGUGGACUACACGGCCGACAACACCGGCUACCACCCCACUGUCCGCACCCAGGGCGGCGGGGGCGGCUUCGGUAUCCCCAGCGCCCUGGCCGCGUCCCUCGUGGGCUGACGCGCUGACGCGGCCGAGGAGGGUGGCAUCGUCGGGGACCCUUGUUCCUUCUUUUGGCCGGGACGCACUGGACUCACUCGGGACGGCGAAAGCCUUGGCGAAAGCCCGCCGUCCUCUGGGCACACUUUGGCCUCCAGGCCAGCAGACUGAUUCCGAGAGUCGCUGUUUUCGCUCUGUCUCUCACACUCAUGGGGCGUUCCGUAUGAGUGCGCGAGAGAUGGAGAGAAGAAGAUGACGCUGGGAAUCAAUCUACAGUGGCUGAGCCGAAUGCUGGAUGCGGCUGGCUGGAGAGUCGGGGGCACGCAGAGACUGAAGAACAGCCACGAUCUCUAUCAAGUCGUGAGCCGCAAGGAUGGCAGUUACCGAUUCGUUAAUGGCGAUUGUACAGUGACCAGUGACCACCUCUGAAUGUGUCAAUAAACGAGAUGCCCUCUAUAGGUGAAA